GAGCCCCGGGCCCGUCAUGGGCCUCCAGGAGCGGGGCGCGCUCCGGCCGCUGGCGGUGCUGCUGCUGCUGCUGCUGCUGAGGCUCCAGCAUCUCUCGGCGGCAGAUCCGCCGCGCGGCGGCCAAGAGCUGGUCAAGGAGUGCGAGGAGAACCAGUUCCGGUGCCGGAACGAGCGCUGCAUCCCUUCUGUGUGGAGAUGCGACGAGGACGACGACUGCUCGGACAACAGCGACGAGGACGACUGCCCCAAGAAGACCUGUGCAGACAGCGACUUUACCUGUGACAACGGCCACUGCAUCCCUGAGCGGUGGAAGUGUGAUGGCGAGGAGGAAUGCCCUGACGGCUCCGAUGAGACCGAGGCCACUUGCAACAAACAGGUGUGCCCGGCCGAGAAGCUGAGCUGCGGACCCACCAGUCACAAGUGUGUGCCCGCCUCAUGGCGCUGUGACGGGGAGAAGGACUGUGAGAGUGGAGCAGAUGAGGCCGGCUGCGCCUCCUUGUGCGCCCCGCACGAGUUCCAGUGCAGCAACCGCUCGUGCCUGGCUGCCGUGUUCGUGUGCGACGGCGACGACGACUGCGGCGACGGCAGCGACGAGCGCGGCUGUGCCGGCCCGGCCUGCGGGCCCCGCGAGUUCCGCUGCGGCGGCGACGCCGGCGCCUGCAUCCCCGAGCGCUGGGUCUGCGACCGCCAGUUCGACUGCGAGGACCGCUCGGACGAGGCCGCCGAGCUGUGCGGCAGGGCCGGCCCGGGGGCCACGGCCGCGCCUGCCGCCUGCGCCGCCGCCGCCCAGUUCGCCUGCCGCAGCGGCGAGUGCGUGCACCUGGGCUGGCGCUGCGACGGCGACCGCGACUGCAAGGACAAGUCGGACGAGGCCGACUGCCCGCUGGGGACCUGCCGUGGGGAUGAGUUCCAGUGCGAGGAUGGGGCUUGUGUCCCUGCAAUCAAGCGCUGCAACCAGGAAAAGGACUGUGCAGACGGGAGUGAUGAAGCUGGCUGCCUGCAGGAGUCCACAUGUGAGGGUCCCCGCAGAUUUCAAUGUAAGAGUGGCGAGUGCGUGGACGGCGGGAAAGUGUGUGAUGCGCAGAGAGACUGCCGGGACUGGUCGGAUGAGCCUCAGAAAGAGUGUGGGCUGAACGAGUGUCUGCACAACAAUGGUGGCUGCUCCCACAUCUGCACCGAUCUGAAGAUUGGCUUUGAGUGCACAUGCCCAGCGGGCUUCCGGCUCCUGGACCAGAAGACUUGUGGUGACAUUGAUGAGUGUGAGGACCCAGACGCCUGCAGCCAGAUCUGUGUCAAUUACAAGGGCUACUUCAAGUGCGAGUGCCACCCUGGCUAUGAGAUGGACACACUGACCAAGAACUGCAAGGCUGUCGCUGGCAAGAGCCCGUCCCUAAUCUUCACCAACCGGCACGAGGUGCGGAGGAUCGACCUAGUGAAGCGGGACUACUCGCGCCUCAUCCCCAUGCUCAAGAACGUCGUGGCGCUGGACGUCGAGGUUGCCACUAAUCGCAUCUACUGGUGUGACCUCUCCUACCGAAAGAUCUACAGCGCCUACAUGGACAAGGCUAGCGACCCGGCGGAGCAGGAGGUCCUCAUUGAUGAGCAGCUGCAUUCCCCAGAGGGCCUGGCGGUGGACUGGGUUCACAAGCACAUCUACUGGACCGACUCGGGCAAUAAGACCAUCUCAGUGGCCACAGUUGAUGGCAGCCGCCGACGCACUCUCUUCAGCCAGGACCUGAGUGAACCCCGGGCCAUCUCUGUUGACCCCCUGCGAGGGUUCAUGUAUUGGUCUGACUGGGGAUACCAGGCCAAGAUCGAGAAGUCUGGGCUCAACGGUGUGGACCGGCAAACACUGGUGUCAGACAAUAUUGAAUGGCCUAAUGGUAUCACUCUGGAUUUGCUGAACCAGCGCUUAUACUGGGUGGACUCCAAGCUGCACCAGCUGUCUAGCAUUGACUUCAACGGAGGCAACAGGAAGAUGCUGAUUUCUUCCACGGACUUCCUGAGCCACCCUUUUGGGAUAGCUGUGUUUGAGGACAAGGUGUUCUGGACAGACCUGGAGAACGAGGCUAUUUUCAGUGCAAAUCGGCUCAAUGGCCUGGAAAUUUCCAUCCUAGCUGAGAACCUCAAUAACCCACAUGACAUUGUCAUCUUCCAUGAACUGAAGCAGCCGAGAGCUGCAGAUGCCUGUGAGCUGAGCGCCCAGCCCAACGGAGGCUGUGAGUACCUGUGCCUUCCUGCUCCUCAGACCUCCAGCCACUCUCCCAAGUACACAUGUGCCUGUCCUGACACCAUGUGGCUGGGCCCAGACAUGAAGAGGUGCUACCGAGUACCUCCAUCUACCUCAACCACGACGUUAGCCUCUACCACGACGAGGACAGUAGCCGCCACCACAAGAGCCCCUGGGACCACUGCUCACAGCCCCACCUACCAGAACCACAGCACAGAGACGUCGAGCCCGGCUGCUGCAGUCCCCAGCUCGGUUAGCGUCCCCAGGGCUCCCGCCGUCAGCCCAUCCACUGCAAGCCCUGCAACCAGCAACCACUCCCAGCACUAUGGGAAUGAAGGUGGCAAGAUGGGUUCAACAGUCACUGCUGCUGUCAUUGGAAUCAUUGUGCCCAUGGCGGUAAUAGCCCUUCUGUGCAUGAGUGGCUACCUGAUCUGGAGAAACUGGAAGCGGAAGAAUACCAAGAGCAUGAAUUUUGACAACCCAGUGUACAGGAAGACAACCGAAGAGGAGGAUGAAGAUGAGCUCCAUAUAGGGAGGACUGCUCAGGUUGGCCACGUCUAUCCUGCAGCAAUCAGCAGCUUUGACCGCCCACUGUGGGCAGAGCCCUGUCUUGGGGAGACCAGAGAACUGGAAGACCCAGCCCCUGCCCUCAAGGAGCUUUUUGUCUUGCCGGGGGAACCAAGGUCACAGCUGCACCAACUCCCGAAGAACCCUCUUUCCGAGCUGCCUGUCGUCAAGUGCAAGCGAGUGGCUUUAAGCCUUGAAGAUGAUGGACUACCCUGAGGAUGGGACCACUCUAUUCGUGCCUCAUGGAAUUCAGUCCCAUGCACUACACUCUCUGGAUGGUGUAUGACUGGAUGGGUGGUUUCUGUAUAUGGGUCUGUGUGAGUGUGUGUGUGUGCAUGUAUAAUUUUUUUUAAUUUAUGUUGCGGAAAGGUAACCACAAAGUUAUGAUGAACUGCAAACAUCCAAAGGAUGUGAGAGUUUUUAUAUGUAUAAUGUUUUAUACACUUUUUAACUGGUUGCACUACCCAUGAGGAAUUCAUGGCAUGGCUACUGCUGAGUGAUUAACAUAAUGUACAUAACCAAACGGGGGCUGGUGGCACAGUAGCUUACUCACCAUUUAAAAACUAUAUUUACAGAGGAUGUUUGGUUUCUUGGGGGUUUUUUUAGGUUUGGGAGGUUUCAUUUUUUUUGUAAAUAAAAUAAUUAUGCUUUGUGGCUAUCCAUCAACAUAAGUAAAAAAAGAAAGAAAAAAAAAAAACACUUCAACCCCCUUCCCCAUUUAGAUUAUUUAUUAACAUAUUUCAAAAAUAAGAUUAGUUCUAUAAAUAAUUUAGAGAAGUGAGAGUAUUUAUUUUUGGUAUGUUUGACUCUCCAUGCAGACUCUGUGUAUGUGUUUGUGAUCCUUUUUAUGUGUGUGUGUGAGAGAGAGAAAAUCUGUAGAGAAGAGUGCUCACCUAUGGCUGUUGUUCAAACACACAAAGAUAAAUAUAUUUUAAAACAGUCCACAAGAGGGGUAUCUAUAGUUUUCAGAGAAGCCUUCAGAAAUUUGGUUCAGAAAGCAGAUACCAUGGAUUGUGCAAACACCUAGCCUAGAGAGGCAGAUCUUUUCCACCUCUGGCUAUUCCUGAGGCUCCAAUCAGUCAGGAAAAGCCCUCUAGCUCAACCAUGGCUGCAGUGACUCCUACCUGGGCUUUCUGUUCUGUGGCUAAGAGUGUGCAGACUUUAUACAGUGCCAGAGGCACUUGUGAGCUCAAGUCAACAUGCCAGCACCUCAGCAGCUCCUAGUUUUCAAAGUUCAGCUCUUCAAGUAACUAAUUUUCUUCAGGACACUUGAGUGGAAAUCACUAAGUUUUCCUCUGCAGCACCCUGAAGGGCGCCAUCCUUACAUAUAGAGCUAAGAACGUUUCCAGGACAGCCUGAGUUCGUCCGAGGGACUGGCUCAGCACUGAAAAUCUGAGCCCUGCUGUGGCGGAGGAUGAGGAUGGUGGAAUAGGUUUUACUACAUCUGUUUCUCCCUUCUCCUUACUUUCUACCAUUUCCUUUCAGUGGGGAGAACAUUUUAAAGUAAUAAAUAGGUUUCUUACCAUCAUAUGUUCAUAUAGAUGAAACUAAGAAAAGGUAGCCAGACCAGAAACCAUGUUUGAGGGGGGAAAAUGGCAUACACAAUAUUAUAGGACAUUGGACAUACAUCUUCACACAGGGAUUUGGUUUACUGCUUUGUAAAUAAAAGGAGAAAUUCUGGGUAUAUGCAUAGAUUUUUUUUUUUUUUUCCAUUAUGGGCACUUUGUUUUCCCUGGGCCAUGGUGGGUGGGAAGACGUUCUGUUUUCUCUUUGUGAGGAUCUACCAUUGAAAACAUAAUCCUGCAGUCCCAGGGAGAAUUCCGUCCCCGCUGGCUGUCUCAUCAAAGCUGUGGUCCUCUUUCCCUGCUGUUCUGCCACUUCUAUCCCACUGGACAACUAGGGCCAAAGUGUGACACGGAUGUGUUUGGCCUAAGUAGGGGCAGAGGACAUGUAUCUAACCUGAACAUACCUGGAAUUUGACACAUCAAGUAAAUACCACCCCCAGCCCCCACCUCAGUGAAGCUUGAAUGUCUCACCAGCUUGAUGGCCCUUAGAUUUCCAAGCAGACAUUGAAGAGUUCUAUCACCCUAUUCCUGGGACCUUCCUGUUCGUCAUUUAUGCUAUGAUAAUGUCAGAGAACAACUGUGUUCCAGACCCUGGGCAGCAUGCUUUGCAUAAACAGUUUCCUCAUGAUACGCAUGCAUUGAUAGUCCUGAAAUAUUUAUUGAGAGGGUAAAUGCAAUUGACCUGGAAUGAUCACUACCAAACAGAAUUUAAAGAACAGGUGGCCAACUCCUAUGGAGCUUAAUCAUAUACUACUAUUCUUUCAAGAAUGGAAAGUAAAAUUAUUUUUGACUGAAGAAAAAGUGGAAAACAUCGAACUUUACACAAACGAGUGACUUUUUCUGUAACCUGCUUCCAAAGAAAUUGUCUGAAUUUCCCGGGAGAAUUAAAUGAUAAUAGUGACUAACGCGUAGUUUCUAAACUUUCAGUCAGAUCCUAGCCUUCACAGAAGAAAAAAAAAAAUGAAUAGGGUCAGGAUGAUACAGCCUGAGGUCUCAAAAUGAUGAUGAAUCUCACGACUAUCUCAGAGAUAUCCAUGUUUCCUGAACACACUACAACGGCCUUUGAAAGAGGGCAACGAUGGGAGCAACCUAGAAAAAACAACUUGUGGGAUCCUCACAACGCUGGAUGGCAAUAAAUAAGAUGAAUCUGAGGAGUCAGGUCCACCUUCCCCCAUUUCCCAGCACCUGCCAGAGGUGUGGAACCCAUGUCUUGUGCAUAGAAAGACUUUCCUGCAAAACAAGAAAUGCACGCUGGGAGAAUUAGAGUUCCUAGACUAAUGGAACAUUCUCCAAGUUUGGGGGGCUUCUGAGCCUCAUUCUGAAAUGUUGCAUGUCUGUUGCCUUUUGGCCCCCGCACCCAUCAUGUAUCUGUGGCCAAUAAUGAAUCAGAGCUGUACUGUAGAGCAGAAAAUGGAUUUAUCAGACAGCAUUUUCUCUGUUUAAAAGAAGCUGUACCGUCCUUUUUCUCCCUUUCCUUUGGGCUGCUGAACAUUGUAUCAAAUGUGCUACCUAUCUUACAACCUGUCUUCCCAGUGCAAAUACAAACACACUGGCAGAAACAGGGCAAUCGAGAAUGUUAUUUAUUUACUCUUGAUGUUGUUGUUACUGUGUGCCAUCCAUCGAGUAGGUUUUGACUCAUAGCAACCCCAUGUGACAAAACAGAACUGCCCGCAUAGGGUUUUCUAGGCUGUAAUGUGUGGGAGCAGAUCGCCAGGUCUUUCUCCUACAGAGCUGCUGGGUAGUUCAAACUGCCAACCUUCUGGUUAGCAGCUGAGUGGUUAAGCAUUGAGCCACUAGGGCACCUUUUUACUCUUGAUAGCAAUGAUUAUAAAACACAGUGAGGUAACCUCACCUGGCAAAAAGAAGAGAUGGGACUUAAGUUUAUGGCAAUAAGUACUAUUGACCCUUUCAGUUCUCUGUGAUUACAAUACAGUCAUUCACUGAUUACAAUAUAGUCAUUUGCUGAAACCAUUCGCUGGGCACCAACUAUUUGCCAGGCACUAGGCCAGGCGCUGCAGAUACAAAGGUCCAUCUGCCCUUAGGGAGCUCACCAAAUCAGAAGACAAAGACGUAUACGGAAACAAACAAACAAAAUGAUAGAUUCUAUUCAGUGUACCGUUGGGGCACAAAGCGGUGGGGCGGGGGGAGGUUCACUUCUACCUGAGAUGAAGAGUGGGGUCAAGAAUGGCAUCUUAGAAGAAGUGACCUUAAGCUAAGUCUUAAAAAUUCAGUAAAGGUGUUCAAGCAGCUUCAGUGUUCAAAGCCAAGACAAAAGAGGCAUGAGACAGCGUGAGGAUUUUAAGAAACUGCACGUGGUUCAUUAUAGCUGGAGCAAAAGGCUCAAGGGGGACUUAGCAAGAAAUGAGGCUGGCUGGGAAGACAGGUUCAAUGUAAGCACUUUAUAAAACACUUCUAUUUAGUUUCUGAUUCAACAAAGCAGCGUUUCCUGAUCAUUUAUUGUGUAGGAAGCACCACGUGCAUCAUGAAAAAUUCACCAGGAUGCGUUGCCAGCACUUUGCAGACAUGACAGCGUUCAGCCUGAAGCUUCCUAGUGGCCAAAGGGAAAUCUCAAGUGGUUUUCAUAUACCUGAGUUGAAGUUUUUUGAUACGGUCAGUGAAAACUAACAUAAGGGCAGUGAGCUUGUCACAGAAACGUUCUAUGUUGUCAAGAGCCUCUGAGAUUUUCUCAACCGUGAAAAAGAAACCUGGGAGUUUUGGAGGCAUGGAGUCUAGAGAGGGCACUUAAUCACUGUCCAAUCAGGUGCGGGUGGGAAGAGGGGGAGUGCACGGGGCUCCUAGCCUCCCACCCUACUCCCUAACUCCAGCCUUACACUCAUCGUUUGACACAAUACAAGUGAGCAGUUCAAAGUUUGAGAGUAAAUAAUUUCCUUUCCCAUCAAUGCACGAAGGUAGAGUAUCGAAGUCUUCUCACACUGUGUUUUUAGGGUAUUAGGGAUUUUCAGGGUAUGGAGAACUUAGGAGGUGAAGGAAUUACGGCUUCAGAUUUUCAGUUAACGGAAGAAAUCAGGAAGCUGUGUUCAUUCAGGCUAUGCACCAUGUGCAUGGUCAAGAAUCUGCAGAAGCCCUCUCUGCAUCUGCAAACACUUUGUGUUACAAAAAGUAAUAAAAAAGCCGCCUGUAUAUAUAUAUUUAAAGAUGUGAAGGUUUUGAUACUUUUUUUUACAAAAACUACAAGAGAAAACAAAUAACCUGUACAAACCAUGUGCUUUAAAGGUGUUUUGUUCUAUACAAGCUAUUAUUAAUUUGGGGGUGGAGUACCGGGUUUGCAACUCCAUCACAUUGUAUCCAAGUAGAUUUUCCUUGUUUGUCCUCUCCCUCCCCCGAAUGACCGUAUUUGCUGUAACAGACAUGUUAGAUCUUGGGUCACACUAACCAUCUCUGCGCUUUUUGCCUUGUCAUCCUGAGUUCCGUUAGCUUUCGCACUCAGCCUGGUUUCUCUUCCAGAGGCAAAGAGACCGAGGUGGUGUGCUGCAUCUCACUUGCUGUGCUGAUAUCAUCUUAGUGAACUCAAAACCAAAUGUGGACAUUUGUAAAAUCAGUGCACUGUUUGUAGAGAGAGAUUAAAUUCAUUUUUUAAAACCUGAAA